CCGGGGCGGCUGUCGGCUGCUGGCGGCGCUCCCCGAAGCGGCGGUGGCUCCGCUCUGCGCACUCACUCCGCGCUAGCGCAGCACACAGCGCCCGCGGCGCACGGGCGCUCCCUCCGCCCGCCCAGGCUGCUCUGUCACUUCAGAGCGAGAGUGAGGCUGAGCCGGCAGCAUCCCGGGCUUUUACAGCGAGCGCUCGCCAGCAGCCCGGCACCGGUCGAAAUUCAGACGUCUUCGGAGAGGGGAGGAAGAUCCUCAUCUUCCGAAGCCUCCUCAAUGAGUGCCAAGCUCUCCAAGGAGUUGAGGCUGUCGCUGCCACCUUGUCUCCUGAACAGAACAUCUGCCACCUUAAACACCAGCAGCACCUGCAUCACGCAAGUGGGUCAACUGUUCCAGUCGUUCUCAUCCACCGUGGUUUUGAUUGUCCUGGUCACCCUCAUCUUCUGCCUGAUCCUCCUCUCCCUCACCACCUUCCACAUCCACAAGAGGAAGAUGAAGAAGCGAAAAAUGCAAAAGGCUCAGGAGGAGUAUGAACGGGACCACUGCACCCGCAGCAGCAAUAGCAGCAGCCAGAACCCUGGGACAGGGAUGCAGGGAGAGGCACCUCAAGGAAGAGACAGCCGGCUGGGAAGACCCCCACAGGACUCGGAAAUCCAGCGCCCCUCUCCCUCGGCAGCCCCAAGCUCUCAGCAAGCACGGGCUUGUUUGGACACAGCUGGUGCUGGGCUGCAGACAGUGAUUUUGUCAUGAUGAUUUGGGGGAGACCUCGCGAAGGCGCUGGCUGGUGUUUGUAAAUACCUGAGUGAUUAUUCUAGCCCCCGAAGAAGAAAACAUUGCUAAUUAAAAUUAACAAACAAGCCCAUGAUCCAAGCGCAUGACAGAUCACCUUGCGUUUCUCACUGACUAUGUGAGGAAAGGAUGCUUCUUUUUACUGGAGGAGCUGCACACAGCUCUAAAUAUCAAGUCGUCCUCCUGGAGGAGAGGGUCAGAGGUGUGGGUGGGUCCCUUUCCCCUGGACAUCAUAACCCUGAGGACCGGUUGAGUCCCACUCUCUUGGGAUUUCCACUUCACCCUGUGUCACCAUUGCAUGGUGUGGGUUGGGCAUGGGUGCAUGGUGAAGGGGGAGAGGCAGGUCUGGCGGGUGCCUUGGGAUCCCCUGUCCUCUUGGAGCAGGGCAACAGUCCACCCUGGUCUCUGUCGUUUUGUGCUAGGACUUAUGCCCCUGUCCCAUCCCUCUCACUCCUUUCCAGGACUGGCUAUCGUUUUGUGUAGAGAUGGCCACCCCUAGUUGGGCUUAACUGCAAGUGCCCUCCAGCCCCACAGCCCUGUGCCCCAGCUGCAGUGCUGAGUAGCCCAGUGUCAGAGGGCGAUGGAGCCAGCUGUCUGCACAGAGUGACGCCUGAGCUUUCCUGUCCCCUCAGCUCCCUUCAUCUUCAAAUGCCCCCCAUCCCCGUGCCAUGAACCCUGAAACCCAAACCCUUUUGUGUGGCAGGAUGAGGUGAUGUGCAGUAACUUCCCUAUCCUCUCCCAGGGGAGGUUGACCUUGUGCCUCCUGUAGGUCCUGAAACAAUCAGUUCUGCACCAGGCACCCUGCUCUGAAUGUCUGCAUUUACAGCUUCGCCUCCUAGCAAGAAAUCCUGCAGCAGUACAGGGGUGGCUUCUACUUUUUUAGGCUGACAGAUAUUUCUAACCCUCCUAAUCUAGUAAACAAUUAGGGCGAGACAACACUUAAUUUUCUCCCCUUUCCUCUCUUGGGGAAGAAACCAUGCAGUUGUGCAAAAUGUCUGCUUCUAUUUAUUUUCGAAGUGGCUGGUAUAGUUUCUCCCUAGCAAGCACCCGGAGUUUUUUGUUCAUGGAUGGCAGGUGUGAGUGGCUGCUAGUGCUGUGUGUGUUGGUUGAAGCAGCAUCGGGUACAGAAAAUGCAGCUUUGCUUAGUGACUAAGUCAAUGACCACUGCUUGAAGGUGCCUUAACAGAGCGCAUAUCCAAACUUUGAAUCAUCUUGUGUGGUAUCAUAGCAGAGGCAGCCCUCUACUGUGCAUAUUAACGUCUGAAAAUACAGCAAAGAAAAAGUGAUCCCGAGGGAUUUCUUUGUUUUGGUUUUGGUUGGUAUUU